AGGUUCUCACUAUGUAGCUCUGGCUAUUUUGAAACUAACUAUGUAGACCAGGCUAGCCUCAAACCCACAGAGAUCCACCUGCUUCUCCCUUCUGAGUGCUGGAAUUAAAGGCGUGUGCCACUAUGCCCAGCUGAUGUUCACUAUAGUUAAAGCAACAGAUGACACACAUUAAGUGAAGAGAAUUGAAUUUUAAUAAUAAUCAUGGUAAUUCUUGAGAUAAUGCUUACACAGAAUGAACCAGUAUUGAUUAAUUGGCAUUUUACACACACCAACCAAGAAAACUUAAAACAACUAUCAAAGGCAGUCUCCCCUGAGUAGACUAUGGUAAUGUCUACUAUUAAAUAUUUAAAUAUGGAUGCCAAAGUAUUACAGAGAGCACUAUAGUUCACUUGGAGUAAAAAUAGCUUGUCAGUCAUCCUAAUCAGGAUCUUACAAAAGCAUCAGGUUUCCAGGAGAGACACUAUUCUAGAAAAGUCAGUAAAUCUUUUGAUAGUUUUACAUCUGUAAAACCAGGAACAGGCUACCUCUUGGAAUCUGAAGAAGAUAGCCAAUCCCACCAGGACAAGAUUCCAGCCACAGUGGAAGAUGAAAAGGCCUUCCUUCAGCUUUGUUCCCUGGUUCUAGAGGACUUUCCUGUGUAUACACGUUUGUGGCAUCUGAGCCUUAGAAGCAUUUUCCAGACUGUAAAGACCCACGCUCCUGAUCUCCUCUAAUCUUGAACUUCUGAUCCUCCUCUUCUGACCUGCACUGGAUUCUAGAGAGACCUCCUUGUCUAUGAAAUGCAGUUAACACAGCAGCUGGACUUGUUUCCCGAGUGCAAGGUGACCCUUCUGUUAUUUAAAGAUGUAAAAAAUGCAGGAGACUUGAGAAAAAAGGCCAUGGAAGGAUCUAUAGAUGGCUCAUUGAUAAAUGCCAGUGUGAUUGUCGAUCCAUUUCAAAUACUUGUGGCAGCAAACAAAGCCGUUCAUCUCCACAAACUGGGAAAAAUGAAGACAAGAACUCUGUCUACUGAAAUUAUCUUCAACCUCUCCCCAAAUAAUAAUAUUUCAGAGGCUUUGAAGAAGUUUGGCAUCUCAGAAAGUAACACUUCAGUUCUGAUUGUUUAUGUUGAAGAUGGAGACAAACAAGUGCAUCAGGAACACCUAGUAUCUCAAGUGCAAGGCCAGCAGGUGCCCUUGGAAAGUCUUCCUGAAAUAACGAGGCUUUCAGAAGUCAGGAAGAUAUAUAAACUGUCAUCACAAGAAGAGAAGAUUGGGACAUUAUUGGAUGGUAUCAUUUGUAGAAUGUCAACAAAGGAUGUUUUAUAAGUUGUUUAAAAUAUCAACAGAAAAUCACAGAGGUAAUUACUAGCUUUUCUUUCCCGCUUCUAAAAUUAACAUACUCAUCACAGGAAAAGGGAAGAAGGUACUACUACCAGUCCGUUUGUUUUUUUACCUCUUAAAGAUAACCUCUGUCACUGGUUUUAUCAUUGUCAUUUAGUCCUCUGCUUAUAUUUCAAGACAUUUCAUUUUUAUACAAUUGGAAUAAAAAAGUGCAAGCACCUAGAGAAGGCUACAGUUCUCAAGGCUCAGCCUCAGAAAUCCUUCAUCACCUUGUCACUCACCUUAUACUUCUGGCUUUUCCACAUUGCCCUUCUAAGCUCUGGGUCCUGAGAGUUUUACGCCUAAGAAUUUCUUUUACUCUAAGCCAGGUAUGGUGAUUUUUACAGUCCACUACUCAGGAGGCUGAGGCAGGAGAAAGCUACAAGUUCCAGAUCAGCCUAAAGUACUAUGUCAGUUCCCUUCUCAAUAAAUACACAGCAGUUCA